AUGAACUCGAUGGACGUCUGCACCGAAAUUGAAAAUGAUGAGUUUUACAGUAAAUUUCUUGAAGAAUGUGUUAGACCAAUAACUGACGAGAAUAUAUCAGUUUCGGACCAAGUAACAAAACUCAGUGAAGGCAUUAAUAAGCUCACAAAAAGUUUGGAAUGUCAAGUUUUAGCUAAACAUAAUGAUUUACUAACGCAGGCGAGUCAUAUAUCUGAUUUAGAAAAUAUGUUAGAUGCCGUAAAAAUCCAAGAAGAAUCACAUCUACGUGACGCAGAAGGCCUUGCUGAGGGAGUGCACGCGUCAUACGAGUCGCUGGAGAAUCAAACACGUAUGCUCGAACGAGUUCAAACUACGUGUAACUUACUAAGACAUGCUUUGAAAAUCUUAUCUUUGUGGAAAAAAUUAUGUUCUAUAAAUGAAAAUCCUGCUAAGAAAGCCAUGCUUCUGUUUGAAUUGAAUGAAUUAUUUGGUGACUAUGAUUUUGAAGGCAUACAUUUACUUGAUGAUGUAUUGAAACAAGUACAGAAGCAGCGAGUGGACCUACUUAACAAUUCUACGAACAUGCUUCAAAUAAGCCUUCUUAAUGGAGACAAAACAAAUUUAUUGCAAUGUUUUAAAGUAUUUCACAAUUUGCAAUGCACAGGUGAACAGAUUGCUAAUACAGUAACUAAUAUUUUAAAAGAGUUACAGAAAGAAAUAAAUGUUGCUUUGAAUGUUCAAAUGGUAUCAAUUGAGGUUAAAAAAUCAAGUUCUGGGCGCAUAGCACCUGGUAAAGCCAAUAUAAUGAAUGCACAGGAUUUUAAAAUAAAACUUUGGGAGGAUAUUGAAAAGCUGUUUAAAGGUGAAAUAUAUAAAAGUUGCAUUAAAGUUGUGAUGCUACAAAAUGUAGUAAGUGAGCUGCAUGCUAUUGGUAACUUUAGAAAUAUUGCAAAGAAUUUCUGGAAUGAACUUUGUUUGUUAUUUAGUGUUGAAUUAGAAAAAAGUCCAUCAAAUGUUAGCCAAUCUAUUGAGAUCGAUUAUGCAAAGUUAUUAAAAUGCUUUAAUGAUUUGCUUUCAAAACUUAAAUGUAAGAAUUUAGAAAUGAAUCGUUCCUAUUUCACAAAAUGGGAGAAUUCUUUCUUAUCAAAAUCACUAGCAAAACUGUUGGAACCUGUGAGAAGUAUGUGGCAUCUAAAUCAAGUUCCUAAUAUGGAUCAAAUAGACAAUGCUGUUAGAGUGAUAGCAGAAGCUUUGAGUAUUUCAUUAGGUGAUAAACAGUUAAGCAUAAGUCUAGCUUACAGUGUAGCUAAGAGCAUAAAACAAAUGCAUAUGGAAACUGAGCAACGACUUUCUAUGGAUAAUGAUGUUGCUCAAAUAAUUGAACCUCCUACUAGUUCACAGCAGAAAAAUGCUGAUUUAUGUAAUGCCCUAUAUUAUUUUACAUCACAGAUAAAAAGAGUGCUUGUGAAUAUGAAUGCAAUGCUCCCACCAGAGAGUGUUCAAAUAGUUCAAAACAGCCUAAAAGAUAUAUCUAGCUUACCUAUUCUUGAGUUAUUUGCAGAAUCAAUAAGAAACUCUCUCUUCAUUAUUCUGAUGACUUUGCAUGAUGAACAGGAUUUUUUAAGAAAUGAGGAUCCAAGCAACAAAACCUUAUCAUGCUCUCCAUAUAUGAAAGAGUUACAACAAUUUGUCUCACGUUGCAAAGAUAUUUACUUGUCUAUGUUCCAAGAAAAGUAUGCUUUAAAUGAGUGCAGUAUGACAAUUUCGAAAGCAUGUAUUGAGAGGUUUGUUCACCAUGUAUGUAAUGUUCGACCAUUGACUGCAUAUGGUCGAGCCAAACUCCAAGUAGACUGUAAACAGAUAGAGGCCUCAUUAUCCCCAUUGAUCAGUGAUGUAAUUGAAUUGGGUGACCAUUAUCGUCAGUUAAAGGCCUUGCAAUUGCUAUUAGAAAAAACGCCACAAGAUAUAGCAAAGAGUCAGUAUGAAGGAGCAUCUUUACCAUAUUCUUUAGUAAUGAUGUUUUUGUUUUCACAUGCUGGAUCACAGCUGGUAUCUCCUCAUGUCUGUGCAGGUUGGAAUAUUCAAAAGCUUAUGCAGUGGUUAGAAACCCAUAAGAAUGAAAGGGAUAGGCUUGAGUUUGUAGCAGGAGCCCUACAAAGAUAUCAAAAUCACAUAAGACAAAAUCAGAUAGCUACAUAUGAUGUUGUGUAUCCUAUACUAUUGCAACUCUUAGAAGAUGGAAGGAAACAUUUGAAAAAAUAG